AUGUUUGGAAGAUGGACUCUGGCUGCAAGCUGCUUACUCCUUCAGGUCCUAGCCCAAUGCACACGCGGCCAGCCCGGCUGCAAGGCUCGGAAUCAGGGUUCGACUCUGCUCCAGGUGCGCGUGCGGGAGUCUUUACAGAAGGCACCUUCCCUGGGGCCUUCGAAAGACUUUGUCCUCCUCGAAAAUGAGGAUGGCAAUUGCCUCAUGGCCGUUGACGCUCCGAUGAAUGGCAUCCAUCCCACCAUGGCCGCCUGUGAUGGAGAUAACUUCUUGCAGAAGUGGGCAUACGAGGAGAGUUCUGGCCUGAUUCGGCACACUGGCGGCAAGUGCCUGGAUGCCUCACAGCGAGAGGUUCCAAACGGCUUGGUGCACCUAUGGUCCUGCGACAGCAGCAACGAGAACCAGAUGUGGGAGUGGGAUUCCGGCAACACCGGGAGACUGAAGAAUCGCUACGGCAUUUGCCUCGAUGCGCCCGAUCCACAGGUUGAAGGGAGUGGGGUGCACAUGUGGACCUGCGACGAGACGAUCACCAACCAGAAGUGGCACUUCGUCGCAGCCGACACGGAGAACUUCACGACGGCCGUGCCAUCCUCGAGCACGGGAGAGCCAACGGAGAGCACAACGACAGGGCCCACCACGACAACAACGACACCCACGCCCCUCUCUGCCUUCCGCAACUGUCAGCUGGAGCCGCUGGUGGAAGGCUCCGGCUGCAAGCUCUUGGAAGUCGCUGAGGGCAAAGAGUUUGAUGUGGGCGAGAAUGGGCAGGAGACGAGCGGCCGGCAUGCAUGCUUGCAGAAGCUGCGUACAGUGGCGGAGGCAGACACCUUUGUUCACUCCCUUGGCCGGUGCGAGCUUUGGCAGUGUUCCACACUGGCCCGGGUUCGGAUGUCCUCGGGACCUGGUGGCGGCCUCUCCGAAUCGCCCUAUGCCGUCACGCUGAAGACCGCUGGAGGACGCUACAUCACCGCGGCCGCAGAUGGAGCCAUGAAGGCUGAGGAGGAGGCCUUUGUCCCUGAAGCCCUGUUCUUGCUCAUGCCCGCAGAGGCCGGGAAGUUUGUGCUGAAGGCCCAGAACGACCGAUUUGUGAAAGCCGAGCCCGGUGGCCACCUUGCUGCGGUGACGGAGGCUUGGGAUGACUGGGAAGAGUUUGACGUUGUCAGGCAUGACAGCGGCAAAGUGUCGCUGCGCAGCUUUCACAACACCUACGUAUCGGAAGGGAGCGGUGGAAGCGUGGCAGCAAAUGCUGGAUCUGCAACUGAUGCGACUAUGUUGGAACUUGUGAACCGGUCCCAGGCCAGCCAGCAAGAUGGUUCGGCAGGGUCGUUUCGCAAAACUGUGUCAGAUGGACUGAGUCAUUCAGUAUGCGCCCGGCCCGCUGAGCAAGCGGCCGUGAGAUGCUGUUCCAGUGAUGGCUCCGUGGCGAAAGAGGAUACGUAUGGCUGCCACGACAGGAAGAACUAUUCCGAGGCCGUGGCCAUUUGCGAAGAUCACGGCCUGCAGCUUUGCACAGACGUGCAGGCCAAGGGCUGCAGCGACUGCACCUGCAGCUUCGAGAACAAGCAGAUUUGGACCUCCUCAGCCUGCAAAGGUACCGAGGGCCUCACCCAACGAAGGCUGAGCCAAAGGAACGACCGCGCCGCGGUUGUCAGCAACCUUUGUGGCUACCAGCCGGGCAAGGGUGGCCUGCAUGGCGAGGAGGUGCGAUCCACGGUUUUCGUCAAGCUGAUGGAGUGGAACUACAACGACGUAGCCAAGGAGUGUGUGGAAUACCUGGCGCCCAAUGGCUUUGAUGCCGUCCAGGUCGCACCCGUCACGGAACACGUGUUGGGCUACCAGUGGUGGGUGAAAUAUCAGCCUGUCUCCGCUGGCCUAGACACGCGUUCGGGCACGGAGGCGGAGUUCAGGGCGAUGGUGGCCACCUGCCGCGCUGUGGGCGUGCAGGUGAUUGUGGACAUCCUCAUGAACCACAUGGCGUCCCCGUGCAAGGCGGCCUUGAAGCUCAAGAAGAAGGCCAACCGAACCAAAGAUGAAGCUGCUUGGCGGCAAGGCUGUCCAUGGAUGUCCAGUUCCUGGAUACCUUUGAAGCGAUGUUCCGUGCCUGAGGACAUGCCUUGCGUCGGCUGGGGUGGCAGCCGCUAUGGCAAUCGACUCCAGAAGGGUGCGCGAGGAUGGGACGCCGCAAGCCCGAAGCACUUUCAUCACAAGAAGGAGGACCCUGACCAUGCACCGCAAAUGGAUAAGGGGCAGCUCUUGUCGUUAAUCCGCUUCGGAUUGUCAGGUUUUGGGUGGUUGGAUGAAGUAGUUGUCCUGGAGAAGCAGGGACAGACGCAGGCCAUGAUUCCACACACGGAGUUCCCUCAAAUUUUACUGAUCAGUUUUGCAAUGCUGAUCUCGAAGGAUGACACCCAGCCGGCAUGCAAGGCGGAAUCUGACGUGCGGUUGCUUCUGUUGCGGAAGUUUCCUGGUUCUGGCCGUUUCCCCGUGCAGUCUCUGCAACAAUUACCUCAGUGCAAGUUCCCAGCAGGUGGGUCCUCAGACUGGGUGGCUGUGUAUGCCCUCCCAGACUACGCCACGGAGCUCGAAGAGGUCCGGGAGAUGCAGUUCAAGCACCUGGAGGAGCUCUUCCACAUCGGCGUUACUGCGCUUCGCGUGGACGCCGCAAUCUACCAUCACGUCUACGAGCUCGCGGACAUGUUGAAUGGGCUCCCGUGGGAUCUCGUCUAUCAGGAAUGGUGGGGCGAAUAUCCCCCGCACGACCGAACUGAGUACGUUGGCUUGUACCGGGAUGUGGCGUACCGCUGGCAUUUGGUGAUGCUCAGUCUGCACUUGGAGAAUCGGUUGGCAGGCAAGAACGCCACGGAUCUCCCCGAGCUUCUGGAGCUGGAUGGCGGCGUCUUCGGCAUCACGCAGGACAUGGCUGUCUACCCCUUCGCGUAUCACGACGGCCGCAGCAAGGAUGCAGAUCCUGAAAUCGCGACCUACAAGAAUGGGCUGGCCUUCCACCAGCAGCAGAAGUUCUUCCUGUCGUGGCCCUUUGGGGAGAAGGUGCUGGUUUGGGGUGGCUACGGGUGGCGGGACCUUAACCAUGGGCCACCGGGCUGCGACAAGUCAGAUGGUGACCACUGUACGCCAGACUCCGUCUACGACGAGGGCGGAAAUGCUCAGUGCAUGCCAGCCCCGACGGUGUCUCCACUUUCCAAGUCGGACGCACGGGAGCGGCGGUGGAUUUGUGAGCACCGCUGGCAGGGUGUAGCAGGCAUGAUGCACUUCCGCAAGGCCUGCCGACAGCAUGCUGUGACGGAGAAGUGGGAAGGUGGACAGACCGAGGGCAUAGGGGUCGGCCGCGUCGCCUUCCGCCUCGGCAGCGACUGCUUCGUGGCGCUGACCCGCGGCAGGAGAGAGGACGAGGACGAGGACGUGGCCGGCGUCGGCGGGACCUGGGACUUGGCGGGCCUCAAGGUCGAGCUGCCCCAAGGUCGCUACUGCGACAUGUCCUCCCUCCACACGCAGAAGGGCUGGGACCAAAGCAGCUGCCCCAGGGAGGUGGAGGUGGACGAGCAGGGAGUGAUCCGACAUGGCUCCGUCACGCAGGGAGAGCUCCUCGACUGCGGAUCAAAUACACGCGAUGUAGCAUGGACAGGCUGUAAGGACCUGUAUCUCCUUGAAUCGAAGGCCUCGAAGUACUUUAAGUACCGCAGUCUGUUAUCGUUCAUACUUCUGCAUGGAUUACAGUGGUUGCAGCAGCAUGCGACGAGAAUAUGGCCAUGGUGCCAUGGUGUUAUAGUGACCAUCGCUCAGACUUCCUUCUUCCUUCAAGACGUAAGCCUGCCGGACGCCCAGUACCAGCAGCCGCAAGAUGGCAAAGAUGGAAGGGCUGCUGUAAAGUGCAAAUCGCAGGUGCAAGUCGAUGCGGCCGCUGGAAGGCCCAUAGGCCCUAGAAACCCGCAGCAGUCCGUUAUGGCCAUGUGGCUGUUGGCCCUUCUGCUGGCUGCUGCCCACAGCCACAGCUGCCCGGAGCGGGGUCGUGGGCGUGAUUUCGUGCUGCUGGAAAACAAUGAUGGUAAUUGCUUGGAAGCCUCCAAUGCUGGGCACAAUGGCGUGCGCCCCACUAUGCAGGCUUGCGAUGCCGACAACUUCCUGCAACACUGGGAAUAUCACGGCGAGACAGGCCUGCUCAGACACGUAGGUGGCAAAUGCCUCGAUGCUUCUCAAAGAAGUGCUAACGCCGGGCUCGUUCACCUAUGGGCAUGCGACGCCAGCAACGAAAAUCAGAUGUGGGACUGGGAUGGCACUGGAAGGGUCAAGAAUCGGUACGGUAUCUGCAUGGAUGCCCCAUCGCCACAGGCUGGGGGUAGCGGCAUCCACAUGUGGACUUGCAUUGAUGGUCUAGGCAACCAGCAAUGGCACUCUGUACCUGCAGGGGUGAGAAAUUUCACCACAGCCAAGCCAAAGGCAAGCACCACAACCACUACCACGACCCUAGUCACUACCUCCUCGGGGAGUGCCACGCCUACCACACCUACCACACCUACCACACCAACCGGGACACCAAGCACCACAGCAGUGACCACAUUACCCAGUACGACCACGACUACCACGACCACACCCCAACCACUCACAGCGUUCCGAAACUGUCAGCUCGAGCCCUUGGUCGAGGGUUCUGGCUGUCGCCGCUUGGAGGUCUUCGAAGGGGAGCAGUUUGACAUCGGCGAGAACAGCCAGGAGACGGCUGGCCGCCAUGCUUGCUUGAAGAAGCUGCGUCUAACCAAGGACGCCGACACCUUCGUCCACUCUCUGGGUCGUUGUGAGCUCUGGCACUGUGCCACACUAGCACGGGUGAAGAUGUCGGCAGGCCCUGGAGGUGGGCUGUCCGAGUCUCCUUUCGCUGUCGCUCUGAAGACAGCAGGGGGCCGCUACAUUACUUCUGCAGCUGAUGGAACGAUCCGAGCCGACGAGCAGGCUUUCGUGCCGGAGGCUUUGUUCUUGCUGAUGCCAACCGAUCAUGGCAAGUUUGUGCUGAAAGCGCAGAAUGACAGAUACCUCAAGGCAGAACCUGGUGGGCACCUGUCUGCUGUAACAGUGAACUGGGAUGACUGGGAAGUGUUCGACGUCGUGAAGCAAGACGGCGGCAAGGUCGCUUUGAAGACUUUUCACAACACCUACAUCGCUGCAACCGAGGAAGGCUUCGUCUCCGCUACAGGUUACGACAUCACCGGGGAGACGAUGUUGGAGCUUGUCAAUAGGUCCAGAGCGGCUUUUGACCAGGGCCUCAACCAAGUCCAGUUUCACAAGACUGUCUCAGAUUCCUCCACCCAUUCAGUAUGCAGCAGACCAGGCGAGCGAGCCGCUGUGAGAUGCUGCUCUGAGGGCGGCGUAGUGAGCGAAGCCACGUAUGGGUGCCACGAAAGGAAGAAUCUGUCCGAAGCAGUGGCCAUCUGCCAGCAGAAUGGUCUGGCGUUGUGCACACCGGCACAGAUCUCAACCUGCAUUGGCUGCAGCACCUGCAGCCUCGAGAACAAGCAGAUUUGGACUUCCUCAAGCUGUGAAGGGACAGAGGGCCUCACCCAGCGACGGCUCAGCCAAAGGAACGACCGCGCCGCGGUCUUCAGCAGCUUCUGUGGCUACCAGCCGGGAAAGGGCGGCCUCCAUGGUGAGGAGGUGAGGUCCACAGUCUUCGUCAAGUUGAUGGAAUGGAACUACAAUGACAUCGCCAAAGAGUGCACAGAGUACCUGGCCCCAAACGGCUUUGAUGCUGUCCAGGUCGCCCCCGUUACAGAACAUGUUUUGGGGUACCAGUGGUGGGUGAAGUACCAGCCAGUGUCGGCGGGCCUGGACACGCGCUCGGGCACUGAAGCAGAGUUCAGGGCUAUGGUGGCCACUUGUCGGGCAGCUGGAGUGCAGGUGAUUGUGGACAUCCUGAUGAACCACAUGGCGGCCCCAUGCCAAGAGGCGAAGAAGAUGAAGCACAAGACAGCCAACUGGACGGUGGACUCGGAUAUGCCGUGCGUUGGGUGGGGUGGCAGCAGGUAUGGGAACCGCAUGCAGCAGGGCGCAAAGGGCUGGGACGCUGCCCUGCCUCGCCACUUUCACCACAAAAAGGACGACUCGAUGCAGCCGUGGUGUCAGGUGGGGCCACAGACCGGUUGGCUCUGCCCGGACGAUGACUGCACACCAUGCGAUAUGUAUGCGCUGCCCGAUUUCGCCACGGAGUUGGAGGAUGUCCGCGAGAUGCUGUUCAAGCACCUGGAGGACCUUUUCCACAUUGGCGUCACGGCGCUUCGUGUGGAUGCUGCCAUCUACCAUCACGUCUACGAGCUAGCUGCAAUGCUCAACAGGCUCCCAUGGGACCUGGUGUACCAGGAGUGGUGGGGGGAGUAUCCCCCACAUGACCGCACAGAGUACGUGGGCCUGUAUCGGGAUGUGGCCUAUCGCUGGCACCUGGUGAACCGGUUGGCGGGCAAGAACGCCAGUGAGCUGCCUGAGCUCCUUCAGCUGGAUGGCGGUGUGUUUGGGAUCACGCAGGACAUGGCUGUCUACCCCUUCGCGUAUCACGACGGCCGCAGCAAGGAUGCAGAUCCUGAAAUCGCCACCUACAAGAAUGGGCUGGCCUUCCACCAGCAGCAGAAGUUCUUCCUGUCGUGGCCCUUUGGGGAGAAGGUGCUGGUUUGGGGUGGCUAUGGGUGGCGGGAUCUUACACAUGGGCCACCGGGCUGCGACAAGUCAGAUGGUGACCACUGUACGCCAGACUCCGUCUACGACGAGGGCGGAAAUGCUCAGUGCAUGCCAGCCCCGACGGUGUCACCGCUUUCCAAGUCGGACGCACGGGAGCGGCGGUGGAUUUGUGAGCACCGCUGGCAGGGUGUAGCAGGCAUGAUGCACUUCCGCAAGGCCUGCCGACAGCAUGCUUUAACGGAGAAGUGGGAAGGUGGACAGACCGAGGGCAUAGGGGUCGGCCGCGUCGCCUUCCGCCUCGGCAGUGGCUGCUUCGUGGCGCUGACCCGCGGCAGGAGAGAGGACGAGGAUGAGGACGUGGCCGGGGUCGGAGGGACCUGGGACUUGGCGGGCCUCAAGAUCGGGCUGCCCCCAGGUCGCUACUGCGACAUGUCCUCCCUCCACACACAGAAAGGCUGGGACCAAAGCAGCUGCCCCAGGGAGGUGGAGGUGGACGAGCAGGGAGUGAUCCGACAUGGCUCCGUCACACAGGGAGAGCUGCUUGCCAUUCACAGCAUUCGGUUUUCUCACCUUGCGCUGCAGGAAGCUCCCCUGGAUGAGGCACAGAUGCGAAUCGUGAUGUCUCCACGCAUGUUCGUGCCGAUUCCUCCUUCUGCCAAAGCAGAUAGUGUAGAUUUUGCAGAAGGAGGUGACUUGGAGCAGAGACCAACAACCAGCUCCAGCUGGGCGUCUUUAGUUCAAAGCCUACAACAGGCCCGGGGCAUGGAGCCGCUGGGUUCCCAACCCGAAGGCAACGAGGAGGGCGAAGUGCAACUGGACGACAUCCACGAGGAGUGGUUCGUGGAGGCCAGUGAGAAGGUUGAUCUUCCACCACCCUGGGAAAAGCGGCGCGUUCGAGGUGCGGGAGACCGGCCUGGACGGAUGUAUUUCCUCGAUCCCAGGUCGAAGCGUACUACCUGGAAAGACCCCAGGUUCCUGCCAGAGAGCUGGGACCAGCGUGUGGAUGCAGCCAGUGGCAAGGUGUACUUCCAGUACCACAAGACUCGGAAGACCACUUAUGUGGAUCCCCGAAGCUGCCCCGUGGGCUGGGAUAUGCGCCUUUCCAAGGAUGGCGAGAUCUACUUUGCCUACAUCCCGGCCAUGCGCACAACGCUCAUCGACCCGCGAGGCUUGCCAGACAACUUCGAUGCUGCCCUGGAUGACAGCGCCAGGAUGUACUUCAAGAACCAUGAGACCCAGUCCACAACCUGGGACGACCCCCGGAGUGGUCAGCAGGAGGUGACUCUGACCAAAUGGAGACAGGCGCAGUCCACGCGGUGGUGGAAGGAGCAGGUUUGGAGAGAAAUUGAAGAGAUGAACAGGCGCAAGGAUGAGGAGAAGGCCACCGAGCCUGGGGACGAGCCCGAGCCAAUCCUGGAGCGAGGAUCUGCGACCACACAGCUCACAUGCGGCUUCGCUCGAACCUGCACUAGCCUAAUGGUCUUGGUCGCCUUUGCUCAUGAUCCACAGCUGGGUGGCCCGCGCUGCGAUGAAGAGUUUUCUGUGGUCCUAAUUGUGCUAUCUUCAACGUCUGAGAUUCCUAGCAGUGUGAGAUCGUGGGCUUUCGAGAGCAGAUUCCGAGUAAGGCUGCUUGCGCUGCAAGAGAAGGCUGAGACUCACUUGGCAUCACAUCUCGGCAGAAACUUCGAGAAUCUAUGGUGCUGCCAGGUGCUGCGACGGUUGGAGUUGGGAUGGCGGCAGACAGAACGCUUUGGUGUCGCGCUGAGACGGCCGACCACUUCCGCCACGGCAGAUGUCACAGUUGCGGCAACUGAGGCUACGACCACCUCCAGAACCUGCACCUCCUUUUUGCAGUCGCAGCCCUGGUUCAAAGCAGUUCGCGACAGGGCCUGUGAUAGCAUUGGAGGAAAAACGAACAAGUGUACUUGCCAGGAGCGGGUGGUGGAGCCCAUGAUGCCCACGGAUGUGCCCCUGAGUCCUCCUCGGGUACCAGCGCCAUGGCAACGCAUGACGGGGGAAAAAUUUCGCGAGGGUGUUAGCUCGAAGGGGCUGCGUCCUUUGUUGGAGGAGGCAGGUGGCUUGAUCCAAAUCAGCAACUUCUUGCCCACCAAUCAAGCGGAGGAGACGCUGCAGAUGCUCCAGGGCAUGACCCCAGAAGAGUGGACGCUCUCAGAGAACAAGAGUUCGGUCGACGCCGAUCAUCAUUUCUGGAGGUACGAGGGAGUCAAGCUGGACGGCAUCAAAGCGCUGAUGCAGGAGUUGGAGCCCCAGCUGCACCCGAUCCUCCACGGUGCAAAGUACGACAAGGGAGGCAAGAUCACCUUGCACAACGAUGCCCUCCGUUGGGUUGUGAAGCCAGCAGAGGCUUCCGAGCGCUUCCCCCCUGGGUCCGAAGUGUAUCGCAAAGUUGCCCUCAUCUACUACCUGACAAAGGAUUGGUCUGCUGACUUUGGUGGUUGUCUAGUUGACAACAUGGAGGACGGCCCCAAAGCCAUCGUCCCGGAGUUCAAUUCCCUCGUGGCCUUCGCAGUCCCUCGAGAACAUUGGGUCUCGGAGAUGAAAGAGGGCAGUCCACUUCGUUACACCCUCUUUGGCUGGCUCCACGACUUCGAGCCAUACCCAGCCGGGGCACUGAGACCUCUCGGCUCAGGGAAUCCGGCCCCGGGCGUGAACAGCGAUGGAAAGGUUGCAUCGUGGAUCGAGACUAGCAGCGAAGCCCAGGCCGUCAUCGCCGCAGUGGAGGACGCGAAGCAGCAGUGCGAGCACGGCUUCAGGAUGCGCUUCGGAAUUUCCCCGGCGGACCUGCGACUGGGGGAAGCCACCAGCACCGCACAGAGACUGCUGUUCCAAAUGCGGCAGCGGGCGAUCCACAACCCGCGUUUGCUCUCCAGCUGA